UCAACUCAAUGCAAAGAGCACCAUUACAAAAACCGUUCACCAUUUUGAAACCCGUUUUCUAGAGAGAGAAAGCUCCAGAGGCUAGCGUCCGGACCAGACAAAGAUACUGUCUCCCUAGAGAGAGAAAGCAAAGUAGAGAGAGAAAGAGAGAGAGAUGACGGGGCUAGUAAUGGUGACUCGAGGAGGCGGUUGUGGCGGCGGUGGUAAAGGAAGUAAUAAUAACAAGGUGGGAGCGAAGAGCUCCGAGGAAGAGCAGGGCCAGCUUCCGCUGGUGACGUUGCUGUUGGCGGCUUUAAGGAAAUCCAUGGUGUCUUGUCGCGUCGACAGGGGAGGAGAAGACGUGAUCUCCGCCGUUCAUCAGAUGGAGAUCGGAUGGCCCACCAACGUCCGCCACAUCACCCACGUCACCUUCGACCGGUUCAACGGCUUUCUCGGUCUUCCGGUCGAGUUCGAGGUCGAGAUCCCCGGCCGAGUUCCCAGUGCUAGUGCAAGUGUGUUUGGAGUGUCAGCAGAAUCAAUGCAGUGUUCGUAUGAUUCAAAAGGGAACAGUGUGCCUACCAUUCUCUUGCUAAUGCAGGAGCGGCUAUACUCACAGGGAGGUCUCAAGGCAGAGGGAAUAUUCCGAAUUAACCCGGAAAACAGUCAAGAGGAGCAUGUGAGGGACCGGCUGAACAGGGGCAAUGUGCCUGAUGACAUUGAUGUGCAUUGCUUGGCAGGCUUGAUCAAGGCUUGGUUUAGAGAGCUUCCUUCAGGAGUGUUGGAUGGACUUUCUCCGGAACAAGUUCUCCAAUGCAACACCGAAGAAGAAUGCGUCAAACUCGUGAAGCAACUGAAGCCAACGGAAACCGCAUUGCUCAACUGGGCAGUUGAUCUCAUGGCUGAUGUUGUUGAGGAAGAGGAAUUCAACAAAAUGAAUGCUAGGAAUAUCGCCAUGGUUUUCGCUCCCAACAUGACUCAAAUGUCUGAUCCAUUGACGGCUUUGAUGCACGCGGUUCAAGUGAUGAAUCUGCUCAAGACCCUCAUCACCAAAACGCUAAGAGAGCGCGAAGAGACUGCAACAGCCGGAGGAUACUCACCAAUGUCAUCUUGUUCAUCUGAUCAUCAUCAAACCGAUGAAGACUUAUACAGUCACACUGAUCAUCAUCACACUGAUGAAGACUUGUAUAGUCAGCAAGACAUGGACACCGGCAGCGAGAGAGGGCAGGCAUCUGACGACGACGAGGAGAACACUCAUUGCAGCCACGACAGCGAAGAUGAGGAGGACCAUGAUGAUGAAGAUGAUGAUGAGGUUCAAUCACUCAACCAGAUAGAGGAGUGCUUCUUGAGGCAAUUGGACGACAACAAAGGCGUCACGACGAGCUUCACCGAUGAAAACUAUGUGAAUCCCGAGUGUUGCUCAGGCCAGAACAAAAUGGAGGAAUCCGUCAUAUCAGUUACUGAAAGCAAUGAAGCAAAUUCUGGCUUGACUACAAGUGAUGGAGAAGAAGGUAUUGUUAUUGACUCGGGCAAAAGUUUGAUGUCUUUAGAAAAGAGGGUCGAUGCGGAGAUGGAGAGAUUAGUGGAGAACAUCUGAUCAAACACCUUUUCACUUCUCAAAGUCCUUGAGAAUUUGUACUUUGUUUACUAGAUUUUUUUUUCUUUUCAUUUUUAGUCUUCAUGUUCGGUUCUGUAAAUUACUUGUUUGUUUUCAUGUUCAGCAAGAAGGCUUGACUGAACUGAUGUUGGGAAUUGGGAACGUUUUGCUUGUGGGGAAAAAGGGGUUCAGCUUGAGGCUGAACAACCAUGAUUGAGCUUGGCUUGUGUAUGGGCAAAGUUAAGCUUUAGGAAAGGAGUUCUAUGUUCUAUCUAUGGCUGACAUUUGUCUAGUACCAAUACCAUAAUGUUUUUGUGGUACAACAACUUUAUGGUAACUUGUUGUAAAAGACUAAAAAAGUCUUGUCGGCAAAACCUUAGGGAGCUUGUUUUUCCAUUUUCAGUCUGAAAUCGUGCUUGUUUAACUUUGCUUGACUUUGUAUGAAUCCUAUCAUUCAAA